AUGUUGUCUGGGCCAAAAGAAGCAGCCGGAGAGAGUGACUUUCGUCCAGCUUCCCCAUCAUCAAUGGUUAUGUCCCUUGCAACCAUGUUGCUUGCAUUUACAACCCACGUGAUAGUUCAAGAAGCGGAGCGUAAUGCUGCCAUCCUUCUUGACUAUCUUCUCGAUCUCCUUGGGCUCCUCUCCCUUGGCUGCACUCUUGGCUUCCACCGCCUUCCAAAAGCGAGUACUGGCCUCCCGAAUGAAUUGAGCAGGAUUGGACAUCGCGAAGACGAGGUUCAGUUCAACGUCCUGGCCGUCACGCUUGUAGACUCCUUCAGCAUGUUGGAUGCUAGCCUCAUUGAGGAGGAAGUCACGCUUUGUGUAAGUGGUUUGAGGAACGGGGAUCUUGGAUUAUUGCGGAGGCUCAUCGGGCUUAGUGUUAAGCGGUGCAAGGUUGACUGCAGCAGGCUUUCAACGCCUUUCGGUUUGGUUGGUUUUUGA